AUGGGUAAACGUGGUAUUCGAAAUCGGAAGAGAAAUAUUGAUGCUGUAAAGAAAAAGGGUGAAACUCAGAACUAUGUAUUAGCCGAAUUUGAUAAAACAAAUGAGAACUUUGUUCUAUAUUACAAAAGUCAGGGAAUUGUGAAAGAUGAUGAAUGGGAUGCAUUCAUAGCGGCUUUAAAAAACGAUUUACCAACGUCGUUCCGCUUCCAAGGGAGUAGCAACAAAGCACAGUCUCUGAUCGAAUUAAUGAACACUCGUUAUCUCGAGCCCAUGAAACAAUGGAAAGAUAGUGAUUCAUUUAUACCAAAGCAGCUUCCCUGGUAUCCAUAUGCUUUCCAGACCCCGAUGUCACGUGCCACACUACGCAGUGGACCAUUGUUGAAGGACUUCCACAAUUUUCUUAUCACAGAGGCUGAACUGGGUAAUAUUAGUCGACAGGAAGCGGUUAGCAUGAUUCCUCCACUUCUGCUUGAUAUAAAAUCUCAUCACAAGGUCCUUGAUAUCUGUGCAGCACCUGGAAGUAAAACUAUACAGAUUAUAGAAAUGAUGCACUGCGAUGACAAAAUACCUGAAGGCCUCAUUUUGGCAAAUGAUGUUGACAACUCACGUUGUUAUUUACUGGUCCGUCAGGCUUUGAAAAGGAUGCCAACAUCAAAUUGUAUUGUAAUCAAUGAAGAUGCCGCAUUUUUGCCGAAUUUAUCAAUAGAUAAAGACACAUCGGAACCGUUGUUGUUUGAUAGAGUGCUUUGUGAUGUAAUUUGUAGUGGUGAUGGAACAUUCCGAAAAAGUCCAGAUAUGUGGCAGUCUUGGAAUCCAGUCAAGGGUUUGGGUUUGCAUAAGCUUCAGGUUAACAUUGCUCAACGUGCUAUGCAGCUGCUUGCAGUAGAUGGUAUUAUGGUAUAUUCAACAUGUUCCUUAAAUCCUAUAGAAAACGAAGCAGUUAUUGCAUCCAUACUUCGUUCAAGCGCUGGUGCCUUAGAGCUUGUUGAUGUUUCUCAGCAGUUGCCUCAGCUGAAACGAACAUCGGGACUUUCAAAGUGGAGGGUAUUUGAUAAAGCCAUGCAUGAGUACAGUAUUCUUGAAGAUGUGGUCACUGACCAAAGACGAUACUUUACUUCGUCGAUGUUUCCCCCAAACGACGAAGAAAUUCAGAAGUUUCAUUUGGAACGCUGUUUCCGGGUAUUGCCGCAUAUGCAAAAUACUGGGGGAUUUUUUGUUGCAGUAUUGAGAAAAUCCAAACCUCUCAACCAGUCAAAGCUUUCCUUCAACUUGCCAUCAAUGAAAAGACGUCGAACAUUCAAGGAAGAUCCGUUUGUAUUUCUUGAAAAAGACGAUACUAGAUGGAAAGAUAUUGCUGAUCAUUACGGUGUAUCGGAAAUAUUCCCAUACCAGAAUCUUUUGGGCCGGACAGCUGAAGCAAAUAAGAAACGGACCUUAUAUUUCGUAAACAGUGCAGUUAAGCAGUUCCUGCUCUGUAAUCAAGAUAAGAUAAAAGUGAUCAAUGCAGGGAUUCGUAUGUUUGGGCGAGUUGAAAAUAAAUAUAACUUAUGUCGAUUUCGGAUAAUGCAAGAUGGUAUCAGAACAAUUUUGCCGUAUCUGCGGAAAAGGGUCGUUGGAAUCAGCGUAGAAGAUAUGUGUAAAAUUCUAAAAGCUGAAAAUGGAAAUGGGAACUGUCCAAGAGAUGAACUGGCAUGUGCUGAAAAAUUCCACAACAUUUCAUCUGGAAGUGUCGUACUUGUAUCAGAAUAUAAUGGACUGAAACAAGUUGUUUGUGCGUGGAUGGGAGCCAGAAGUAUUACACCGUACGUUAGUAGAGAAGAAAAGAUUCAUACAUUACGUUUGCUCAGCUGCGACACCUCUAAUUUUGAAAGAAUCAUGUGGACGAAACGGCAGUCAAAAGCAGUUUAUGAUAGGGAGGAGGCAAAGAAACGCAGAAUUUUAGAAAAAUCAGAUCGAGGGGAAGGAGAACAAAGAAAAUUAAGUAGUGGCUAAUCAGAAAAAUAAAAAAUAAAAAAGGGAAGGAAGCCAAGUCAUGGUGAGCUCAGCGAGACGGAGGAUAUGGUACAAAGUAUUUAAAUACAAAGUAUUUAAAAAGUGUAACAAGUUGUUAAUUCACUGAAAAAACUCCCUCCUUUUUUAUUGUUUUCGUUCUAUGUGAGAAGCAUUCAUUUGUCCUCCUGAUCUUCGGUAUCGAAAAAAGUGCAGAGAUA